AUGGAGAAUGUACUUGUUAAGAGUAGCACUAGUGACAUGAUGGAGACGUUUCAACGGUCCGAGAGUUUGAAAUCCGCUAAUGAAAUAAAAGCCAGUAGUAGUUACUAUGAAAAUGCUGCGAAUGAACAGAAGAUUCCGGAAAAUGGAAAUAUUAUGAAUCCUGUGGAUCGAAUGGGCAGUGUUGGAAGAAAUAACAAGACAUCAUCCGUGACAGACGGUCAUGUUGAUGAAAAACUUCGUCGCGCAAUAGAUAUCGUUGUGGGUUAUAGCAGAGUAAGUAGUGAAACAAAGGAACGACUGAAGAAUGCAGUUACAGAUGUUCAUUGCAAGACGAUGUCUGAGCAAGAGGCUUGUCAGUGUUACAAGCUCGCUGUUUCAUAUUUUCGAACCUAUUACAAUAUGGUUGAAAAGUUGCUGAAUAGAGCCAAUUUAGUCAAACAACAUAAACGAAACAUGAUUUUGGCAGCAGAAAAGAAUGGAGUUGAAAUAGAAGUGAAAAAUGAAGGGACAGAGGUGUCUAACCAAACAAGCAAUGAUGAGAGUAAUGAAAUUGGGGGUAAUCAGACGAAAGAUCGAAAGAAAGUACGAGUUAGGAGAGCACGAAAGGAUUUUACACGCGAUAUUUCGACGAUUGAUAAGAAUCGUAUCGACAAAUGUAUCUAUGACUAUUGUGGAACUUCUGUUAGACACUCAACGAAAGCGGAUGCUAUACGUAAAGCUGUAGGCAUGGUGUUACACGAGGGAUACACAGGAGUUGAUGCAGCGAGAGCUACCAAUUUGACACCACGAACAGUUAUGAAGCACGCCUGCGUUGUGCGUGCUGCUCUGAAUUUACCUAAGGUUCGAAAAUCCAAACAACAGAAGGCUUACAGAGAUGGAACGAAUGAAAAUAAAAGGAAGAGUCUUAUAGAAAAAGUAACUGAUAGUGAUCAUGAAAUAGCCAGAAUGUUAAUUAAUAAGGAAUUUGGUUGUGUUGAAGCUAAAGAUGUUUUGGGACCUACCUUGGAACUGGAAUCAAAGAUUGAUAAGCUGUUGCGAGAAUUCAACUAUAGUGGUGAUACCAAGAAAAUUCGUGAAGCAAUUGUAAAAAUUUUCACAGAACAAAACUCGUCAGGAAUGUAUAAAACGAUAACAGAACUUCCUGUAACUAUUAUCAAUUCAUACAUUCGCUUACUUAAGGGAUUUUUAUGGCUAGAAAAUAUGAUGAAGAAGACUAAAGACACAGUGGUUGCUUUGCCCCGUCGUGGAAAAAGAAGGCUGUGCAGUGAUGGGGAGCGCAAUGAUGUUAAGAGUACUAAGCUUAUAAAGUCAUCUGAAUCAGAUGGAGUUUUCUCUGCGAAGAAAAAGCGUAAAUCAGUUAGUGUUAUGCCCCGGGGAGUGUUUAUUGGGAAGAUCGAUGUACUGGCGCUUCAUAUGGAAAAUGGAGUUGAAAACGAAGAACAACUUGUUAAAAGUGUAAUUUCAUAUCUUAUUAGUCACCAGUAUCGUCGUUCGGAAACAGCACAAACGAAUAUGCAAAUUUGCUUAGAACAUGUUCUUCUGGAUGGACUCUCCGUUGCGGAAACACUGAAAAUUCAUGAUGGACCAAAUGAAGGCAUAUUAGAGAUAUAUCACAAACGAUGCCGUGAUGCAUUUACUGCUCUGACGGUCGACUUUCCCACAUUUUCAGUUGCAUUGAAUUUGUUAAAUGAAGAUGAAAAGAACAGGUCUCGAAAGAAACCAUCGCGCAUAUCAAGUGUAAAAAUGGAGAAAUCAGUUGUUGCGGGUGAUGUGACCAACAUUGAUACUUUAAAAUUUGAUACUGUCGAGAAGCUAUUAAUUUCAAUUCCAGAAAAAGCGAAGACAUUACUGCAUAACUACAUAAUGAAGCUUUUGGACAUCAAUUUUCCACUUGAAAAACGUUUGAUUGGUGGUCUUUUGCAAAUGAUAGCUAAAAAGAUGGCCUUAAAAUACGUGUUAGGCGACAAGCUCCUGGAAGAUUGUGUUACAUAUUUCCAUGAGAAACACAACAACUUUGUUGCGUAA